CCUAUUUCUCACGUUGCGAGACAAACUGUUUUCUUGAUUAAAAAUGUUAUUGGUGUUUUUAGUGUCGGCGCUUGCAACUAUGUGUGUUGGUCGUCCGUAUGGUGAAAAGAUAAAUCCAUAUAACACGGUAACGGUACCUCCACCAAAGUGCCCGCCAGGUCAGCAGUGGAUCAACGGCCAGUGUCGCGAUGUUUGGAAUGUAGUACCCAAGGACGAAUUUCUCGUGGCAGUGGUGAGACUCGAUGCGGAUGAGCCACGAAAUGUUGUGACGCUGCCACAAAACUGCCCGAAUGGACAGCAAUGGAUAAACGGCCAAUGUCGCGAAGUGUGGUCAUUUUUAUUGCCCCACAAUACUGUGACUGUUCCUCCGAACUGCCCUCCAGGUCAGGAGUAUAUCAAUGGAGCUUGUCGCGAAGUAUGGAACGGGGAUCUCAGGUCGAUUCUACGCUCCGAAGUAGUCGAUGCUAUCGUACAUGAAUUCAAAAACAGCAUUAUCAAGAAAAAAACCAAAGAUGCCAUGAGAAACAUCAUAACUGUUCCGAAUCAAUGUCCCAAUGGUACUAAGCCUGACGCUCUAGGAAUCUGCAGACCUGUUUUCAAAUAAAAAACAAUAUCAACAAUUAUUAUAAUGGACCUUAUGCACCAGGUUUUUAGAACAGUUGAUUAGUUUAGUUUAACCUACGUUAGUGUACUAUAAUCGUAGCAGAUUAUUGUGUAAGAUCAUCAAUUAACCA